AUGUCCAGCCGCAAACCCACCAAAAAAGGCCCCAAGGAGGCUCUAUCAGUGGCAGAAAUGCUCACGACUCAGAGGCCGUCGCCAUGUGGCACUGUGGCCGACACAAGUCUCAGUAAUACAGGCUCCCUGGACGCCGCCGCAAGCAAAGCCCCUGAAGCCUCUAACCGCGCCACCCUCCAGUCGCUUGCAGAAGUGAAGUCAUACCUGGCGUCAGAAAUUAAGCACACAGCGGCGGAGGUGAAGGCCAAAAUUGCCGCCAUUGGGGCCCGCACAACGGAAACGGAACCCAGGGUGGCACGGAUGGUCACAGCACAAAAUGACACCGCAAAACUUACCAAUACCCUCCAGCAAAAAAUCACUGACUUGGAGAUAGAACUGGAGGACAUCUCCAACAGAUCGCGACGUAACAAUCUGUGUAUAAGAGGCCUGCCAGAAACAGUGAAGGAGGAAGACAUAGAAUCUGUGCUUAUACAAUGCUUUCGCCAAAGCCUGCCAAACUUACCAGACCACCUAUGGCUGGUUAAUAGAGCACACAGAGCCCUAAGGGCCAGAGGCCUGAAGACCAGCCCACCAAGGGAUGUCAUUAUGAAAUGGCCCUACUUCACAACGAAGGAGCCAUCCUAAGGCACAGCAGAAUGCGACCAUUCAAACAUGAAGGGGCUGAAAUUCAACUGUACCAGGACAUCGCUCCAGCAACACUCCUUCGCAGACGGGCAUGGAAACCAGUUACGGAUCUACUGCGGCAGAAAGGGAUUCGAUUUUCAUGGGGCUACACCUUCAAGAUCAUAGUCUUCCAAGGCCCUACACUAGCAAUAUUGCUACCCACUACAAACAUCCGAGACUUUAUGAAGGACUUGGAUAUAACGGUUCUGGAUGACUUGCAAUUGCCGGCAGAACUGCCACCUUUACCUGAGAGCUGGGAGGACCACAACUCCCGACCGGCCUGA